AUGGGUCCGGACAACAAAAAACGUAAGAGUUCCAAGACGCCGGCGAGGCAGUCCAAGCGGCAAAAGACACAAGCUGCAAAGGCCAAGCCAAAGCAGCCCCUCAGCGUCAAUGCCCUCGCUUGGGCAAGGGUCGAUGUGCCCGAGAUGUUUAAUGAUGCCGAGGGCUUCUUUGGUUUGGAAGAGGUCCACGGUGUUGAGAUAAUCAAGGAGGGAGAUACUGUUAAAUUUAUGGCUGCCGGUGGCCCCAAGGAGUCGGCUGCAGAGAGCGACGAGUUCCUUGGCUUUGAUGACUCUCCUGUGGCUUCUGAGGGAGAGAAAGGCGCAAAUAGAAAUGCUUCGGCUACACCAGCACCCGCAAGCACCGCGGCGAAAGCUAGUUCCAAGGAACAGAAAAAGUCCAAGGAUCCCAAAUCCUCAAAGGACAAAAAGCCCUCCAAAGACCAGAAGCAAACCAAGGACCAGAAAAAGAAAAAGGCACAGCCUGCCAAUGCCAAGGGCCAAGACGACCCCGAGUUAGAAACCGAUCUGUUUUCCAAGGCCGGGGACCUGGCCGACGCUAGCGAUGAUGAGGACAUCGACAUGUCCGAGUGGGUUUCACUCAACCUCUCUCCUGAAAUGCUUUCUUCUCUAGCUCGCAUGAAAUUCUCCAAGCCGACCGCAAUCCAGUCGAGCUCCAUUCCCGAAAUAAUGGAAGGCCACGACGUUGUCGGGAAAGCAUCAACCGGCUCAGGCAAAACCCUGGCUUUCGGCAUUCCAAUCGUCGAAAGCUGGCUGUCCAGGAUGGCAGCCAAGGGGCCCAGUGACAAAAACCACCAUCCCACUGCAUUGAUUCUUUCACCCACCCGUGAGCUCGCCCACCAGAUUAAAGACCAUUUCAAACAACUCUGUCUCGGUCUCACAAACUCCCCUUAUAUCUGCUCUGUUACUGGUGGCUUGUCCAUGCAGAAGCAGGAAAGGCAGCUUGAAAAGGCAGACGUCAUCAUCGGAACCCCGGGAAGGCUGUGGGAAGUGCUGAGCACAAGCACUUCAACCCUCAAGUCGCUAAGGAAUAUUAGAUUUCUCGUCAUUGACGAGGCGGACAGACUCCUGAAGGACGGGCUCUUCAAAGAGGCCGAGGAAAUCCUUAAGGCUCUAGACAGGCCCCCGACAACCAAUGAGCGCGGCGGGUAUGGCGGAGAAGGAGCAUCGGAGGAAGAGGUGGAUGAUGACGACGACGAAGAGGGAGAGGAAGAGGAAGAAACUGAUGACUCUCCUCCCCGCCGGCAAACCCUCGUCUUCUCUGCCACCUUCAACAAGAACCUGCAGCAAAAACUCGCUGGCAAAGCUCGCGUCAACAAGGACAACUUGAUGGGCGAUUCCGAUGCAAUGGAGUACCUACUCGCCAAGCUCAACUUUGGAGAGGAGGUGCCCAAGUUUAUCGACGCCAACCCCGUGUCGCAGAUGGCAGAGGGGCUGAAGGAGGGCUUGCUCCAGUGUGGAGAAAUGGAGAAAGACCUGUACCUGUACGCCGUGCUACUGCUACAGCCCGCCCAGCGCACCCUGGUCUUCACCAACUCCAUCAACUCGGUGCGGCGCUUGACUCCACUCCUGCAGAAUCUCAACCUGCCCGCCUUCCCGCUGCAUUCAGACAUGGCGCAAAAGGCGCGCAUGCGCUCCAUUGAGCGCUUCAAGGAGGCCGGCAGCGCCUCCGCCCCAUCCUCGUCGGCCAUAAUGAUUGCCACCGACGUGGCCGCCCGCGGUCUCGACAUCCCCGGCAUUGGCCUGGUCAUUCAUUACCACGUCCCGCGCACGGCUGACGACUAUGUUCAUCGGUCCGGCCGCACAGCACGCGCGUCCAGCUUAGGCAUUAGCGUCAUGCUGUGCGGGCCCAAGGAGGCAGUGCCGACGCAGCGUCUCAUAGCCAAGGUGCACGCGUCGGCGGGCAGGUCUUCGCGGAUUGGGCGGUUCGCUAGCAAGGUCGCGGGCGAGAGCGGCGACCACUGCGUGCAGACCAUUGACAUCGACCGCAAGCUUGUGUCGCGGCUGCGCGAGCGCGUGGCGCUGUCCAAGAAGAUCACCGACGCCAGCCUCGCCAAGGAGAAGGGCCACAAGGAGGACGCGUGGAUGAAGGCGGCCGCCGACGAACUCGGCGUCGAGUACGACGAGGACGAGCUCGAGGACGCCGGCCAGUGGAGCGGUCGCGGCAGCGGCCGGCGCGCCAAGGAGAAGGAGUCCCGUGCCCUCACCAAGGCCGAGCUAGCCCCCCUGCGUGCCGCCCUGCGCGAGAUGCUCGCCACGCGCAUCAACACGGGCGUCAGCGAGAAGUAUCUUACUGGCAUUAAUGUGGAGGCGCUCCUCCAUGGCGUCAAGGGCGAGUUUCUAGGCAGCGUUGACGGGCUGGGGUUAGAAUAA